AUAUCCCCUUGAAGUCCCGUGUUGUUGUUGGUGAGGAGUUUCAGAGGCGCUUGACGAUCACCACUCUGCCUUGGAAAUUCUCAAUUUUACACGACUUCCAAUGUGAUGUGAUGAUUUUUCUUCCCUGGACGUAUUAGCUGGACGCACUUGAGCAACUCGGAUACAUGAUAAGCAGCGAGACCUGACAGACAUUGGAGAGAACCUUUAAUGACAGCUUGGAUCACCCGCCAACCUUCGAGCUUUGAACGGCUGAGAACGUUUUCCUCGUCUUUGUAAUUGUUCCAGCUUCAGCACGAAAAACAUCACUAUUGAGGGGACAAUGCCAGGGAAGAAGAAGAAAUACAAUGCCAGGUUUCCGCCGGCCCGUAUCAAGAAAAUCAUGCAGACAGAUGAAGAGGUUGGGAAGGUUGCGGCAGCAGUUCCAGUCAUUAUCUCUAGAGGGCUAGAAUUGUUUGUUGAGUCACUUUUGACACGUGCAGGAGAAAUUACCACAGCCCGCCAUGCACGGACACUGACGCCAGCCCACUUAAAGCAUUGUAUUAUGGCAGAGAGGAGAUUUGACUUCCUGCAGGACCUAGUUGCUUCUGUAGCUGAUAUAAAUGCUGAUGGUGACACUGAGCCAGGGACUCCUACUCCACGCACUCCAAUGACGCCUGUAACACCUUCGUUUCCCAUGCCAGGAAGUGCGCCCGCAAUGCCUAAUACACCUCCAGCAUAUCCUCUCACCACUCCAAUUUCAGCGCCACCGCCAGGUGAAAGCUGGGCAGAAAACAAAGAACAAAGAGGACGAGGAAGAGGAAGAGGAAGAGGUCGUGGGAGAGGAAGAGGAAAUGCUUCAGCAACAGCAGCUGUUGCUGGGCGGGGCACACCUAGACCGAGGUCAGUCAAGAUUACACGUCUUGUCAACUCCAAUUGCACUGUUCAUAUACUGGUGAAAGUACAAAUAUUGGUUGAUGGCUGUGGGGUAGUGUGUAGGAGGUGUAACAUGGAGUUCUCUGCUUUUCCUUCUCAGAACCUCAAGACCUUUGGCGAGUCAUUUUAUAAGUUGCUACUUUUAUUUCUGAGGAUUAGCAUUGCUACAGGGUUUGACCCUCUACUUUUUCCAAAACCUUACCCACAGGAUGGAUCAGAAACAGAUGAAGAGGUGAUUGCAGUGGCAGAAAAUCCCAGUGGAAACUCCAGAAAGUCACCUUCACCUCCACACUCAAACCCAGUACCCCCCACCCUGAAAACACAGCCAAAAAGUGACAGUUCACAGAUUCCUGGCCUACAGAUAUCUGUUGGUGGAGGGUUUACCCUUGGUGGAGCAGCAGGAACAGGUAACAGCCCAAUCACUUCUUUGUCAUCUGUGCUCACCACCUCUGCAGUUGGUACUGGUCAGGGCAUUCAAAUCACCAUCCCUGCAUUACCUGCUUCAGGCAUUAAUGUUUCUGAAGGGGAGGUAUCACCAGCUGCCAGUGUUACAAAGUCUCCAAACCAGUCUCCCAGCAGACAACUCACAGCUGGGGUACGCCCUUCAUUUGGAGUACCUGUUCCAGUUAUAACUUCAGUUCAUGCCCUACAGAACAAGCCACAAGGGCCCACCUCAUUGACAUCAUCUGUUAAACCUCUACCUUCCCAGUUGUCAAUUAAUAACCAAGUUGAUGAAGAUUAUGAUUCUUAGUGGUGUAAACUUUGUUUGAGUUAAAGUAUGUAAAUUAUAAAGUUACCUCUCCUAAGUAAGCUAAUGAUAAGUCUUUUCAAAUCUCAUUACACUUGAGAACAAAGUUAAAGAUACCUCUUAUAAUUUGUCUCUCUUAUUUAAGCCUUUCAGCUCAGUGUCCUUGUUAAGUAUCAUGAUAUAGCUUACUGGAGACACUAACAAGAUUUAAACAUUGAAAGAGUUGGAACAGUUUCAGCUGUAAGCACUAUUUUAAAGGUGUUAUAAUUAUGAUUUCAUUUGUGAUCAUUGUAUUCAGUGCUUGAGAACGUGAUAUUAAAAGGAAAGUAUUGAUUUUAUGUCUUGUGUAUAUUAAAGUCAGAUGCAGAUUUGUCUUGUAAGUAUAGUGAUGUAAGGAGUCAGAUUUUCUCAUCAGUGGUAUUCUAGUAUUAUUAAUUGUGAUAAAAGGGUAUUGUGAUUCCUUUCACUUACUUUGGGAAAUAUAUGUAAUGCCAAAUGUGAGAUCAGGGUAUGGAAAUCUACUUUGCUCAAUGCACGUGCAGAAGGUGAUGACCCACUAUGGUUAAUUCAUUUAUUUUGUUGCUAUCACUUCAAGUUGUAUCUAUUAGAAUUGGUGAUGUUAUAUGUCUGUCAUAGAAUUUUGAAAUACAUUACAAAAAUUAUCAGAAAGUGAUACAUGCAAAGGAAAAGGACUUGGAAAAGAAAGGUGAAGAGGAAGCCAAAUAAUGAAUGAUAAAAGUAAGAUAUGGAUAUUUAAGGGAUAGUUGUCUGCUUGUGUUAUUGAUGAAUUUUAUGGCAUAUGUAUAUUUUUCAUGGCAAGGAUGAAUGAGGUUACAGUUCUCAAGAUGAUACUUUUCUGUACAAUAAGUACUUCAGAUAAUACAUUAACAAGAUAUAUUUUAGGUUAUGGAUGAUGAGAGCACCUAUUCACGAGAGAGCUACCAGCCUUUUGAUUAAUUCUUUUCUUGCAUCUUCUGCAUUUUUUUUUCAAAUAUAUAUGUAUAAUAUAUUUAUCCAACUGAAAUACCAGUUGGAUAAUAUCUUUCAUUGGCUCAGCUGUGUAAAAAAUACAGAUUAAAAGGCCCUGCAUAUUACUUUUAGAUAAGCAUUGGUUUCAGAGAUUAUUUACCAGUCUAUAUAAGGUAGUGUAGGCCAUGAACCUACCUAACUAAACCAUGAACAAUAGAAUGUCUAUUCAGUAUUCACCUCUAAGCAUUUUAAUAUGAAUGUCUCUUUCAUUUAAUGUCUGUUUCAUGUAUUGUCUUUUUAUUCAUGUUUUUUCUGACCUAUGCAAUAUGGCUGUCAUUUCUGAGGACAUUACACCAGUGAAAAUGUGUGUAUAAAGGAAAGAUCACUGUGUAUUCUUUUUAAAUCAGUAAUGAAGUAUGAUAUAAAAUUCCAAAAUAUAUAUAUAUAGAAGAUACUAAUAUCAAAUUUAUGUUUUGAUGCAGUAUAUGGGGAAAUACCAGUUUUAAUAAGUGGCAUUUUGGCUACAGUCAGUGAGCUUUCCCUGUGUUUGUUUUUAUCAUUACUUUUUUAUUAUUUUCUUCUAAAUGAUACCAUUGAUUUUGCGAUAUAUACCAUUUGCUUAUUUCCUUUUAAGGUGAAAGUUAUUAAUUUUGAAGACAAGAGCUUUUACUGAUCUUAAAUACUUUCAUAAGAACUAAGUUUGGAUCAGAUAAUGUUUUGCAAAAAGAAGGUUAGUGUUGUAAUUUACCAUUUUGACAUGUAGCUGUCUAUAGGUUGUGUAUUGUUUAUUUUUUCUAAAUUUGGAGAUUUGCUUCAUUGAAAUGGUUUCUUUCUUACAGCUUUUUUCAUUAUUGAUGGUUUCAUGUAGUAGAGAGUCAGAUAAUUUUCACGUUAGACUUGAUUUUAUAUUGAUUGAACUGAAUAAGAAGAGGGAAGUGUUAAUAUGAAGUAGGGAGGAUAACAAAUCAAAUAUAAGAAUAUUGCCUAGAAGGAGGAAGUCACAGUUAUUUUACAUUUUCAUAAUUAGCAUAGAUAUUAAUAAAUAGAUUCAGUUCUGGGAAUCAAAAUCCUCAGUGCAAAGAUGAUUUAAAAAGGGUGUGUGAUCAACAUUUUAGUAUUUUAAAGACUGAUUGGAAAUCAUAGUAUAUUUUAUGAUAUUUUUUUGCUGUAGGGGAUUAAAAUCACUCUAAAACUGGCAUGGUUAUAGUUAACAUUGCACCAGCUGUAAGAGUUCAUGCUUAGGAAGGUUUUCAUUUUUCCGAUUAAUGUAUAAGUUUGUUAUGUUUAGUGUUAACAAUCUUUUUUGGCUCUGCAGUUGAAGAUCCAACAGAGAAAGAGUCUGGAAGUACAUAUGCUAUAUUCUUGUACCCUGAAAAUGCCUGAUUAUAUAACAUGUUGAGUUUUCAACUUGUUUUAAGUACAAAAAUGACUUCUUCUCCAUGUGCUAAAUAUGUUGUCUUGAUAUUCUUUCAUUGUGUAUGUUUCAGUUACUUUUUUUUCAUUCUUAAUGUGUUUUACAUACAGGGAUACUGUCAUGUUAGGGCUAAUGCAAUACAAUUGAUGCAUAAUAUACCUUGUAAGAUGACAUGAAUCACUGGUUACAUUGUGUAACAAUAUUUUACUACCAUAGAAAUACAAAUCUUGGAAUAA